AUUUCCAUUCAUUUCUCUCAAUACAUUGUCGACAAGAGGAACUGAAUAGCGAUCAAGAGAAAUGAGCAGCCAAGAGGAGAAAAUCAAAGUACUAAAGCUAUGGGUGAGUCCCUACGCUAAUCGGGUGUUGAUGGCAUUGGAAGAGUUGGGUGUGGAAUAUGAUACGCAAGAAGAGGAUCUGAACAAUAAAAGCCCUGAGCUUUUACAAGCCAAUCCCAUUUACAAGACUGUGCCCACCAUCAUUCACAAUGGGAAGCCAUUGUCGGAGUCUCUGAUAAUUCUUGAAUAUAUACACGACACCUACUCUUCCUUUUCAACUCUUCUACCCACAGAUCCAUACGAAAAGGCCAUUGCAAGGUUCUGGGCCGAUUUCAUAGACAACAAGUUUUGGAUGGCUGGAUAUACAGUUAUAGUGACGGACGGAGAAUCUCAGGAAGUUGCCAAGAAAGAGUUCAUUGAUUCAUUUCUUUUGAUUGAAGAGGCGAUACCGAAAAUCUCAGGCGGGAAACCCUACUUUGGCGGAGAUAAGUUUGGUUAUCUUGAUAUUGUACUUGUUCCGUAUGUGUUCCUCUGGCAUUCUGUAGAAAUUUUUGGGGAAUUCAGCAUUCCUUUGGAGAAGUGCCCACAUUUGAGCGCUUGGAUUGAACUAGUUUCUAAAAGAGAGAGUGUUGUGAAAAUUCUCCCAACUGUCGAAGCAGCCCAUGAAUGGUUCACUCGCUCAAGGAAGAAAGCAUUGUCCAGAUCCAAUUAAUGCCAAUGGAAAACGUAUGUAGGAGAAUGUAAUAAGACAUCUUUGGUGUUCAAUGUUAAAAAGAGAAAUAAAAAAUGUUCUGGAA